AUGACCACAUCAGCAAGCACAUUUACACCAACAGUCCAGAGUUCCUCCACUAGUACAAGCAUUUCCAAAACUUCUUCAAUGGUAACAUUCACUGCAACUCCUUCAACAAGUUCUCCAACAUCCAAAACAACAUCAACCACGUUUAGUCCUCCACCUGGAUGUGUUUGCAGUUGGUCAGAUUGGCUGGACUUUGGUGGCCCAACAACAGGUCCUAACGGUGGUGCAGUAAUACCAAUUGAAAAAAUUACUGACACCUAUCCUUUCCUCUGCAAACUACCAGUACAAAUGGAAUGUAGGGCAAAGCUUUUCCCUGGACUCCCUUUAUCACAACUUGGCCAGACAGUAAAAUGUAAUCCAAAAGACGGAUUGAUUUGCUUAAAUAGAAACCAAGGCCUCACACAGCGGUGCUUUGAUUAUGAGAUCAGAGUGCUCUGUUGUGAUGGAAAUUGUGUCAGCCUCUCAACACACGCACCACUUUCAGCCACCACUAAAGUGUCAUCAACAAGCACAUCCACAUCAGCAAUUACAUCAACACCAACAGUCCAGAGUUCCACCACUAGCAUAAGCAUUUCUUCUACUUUAACAUCCACUCCAACUCCUUCAACAAGUUCUCCAACUUCCACAACACCAAAAUCAACCGUGUUUAGUCCUCCUCCUGGAUGUGUUUGCAGUUGGUCAGAUUGGCUGGACUUUGGUGGCCCAACAACAGGUCCUAACGGUGGUGCAGUAAUACCGAUUGAAAAAAUAACUGAUACCCAUUCUUCCCUAUGCAAAAUACCAAUACAAGUGGAAUGUCGGGCAAAACAUUUCCCAGGACUCCCUCUUUCACAACUUGGCCAGACAGUGAAAUGUGACACAAAAGAUGGAUUAGUUUGCUUGAAUAAAAACCAAGGCCUCACACAGCAGUGCGUUGACUUUGAGAUCAGAGUGCUCUGUUGUGAUGGAAAUUGUGGCAGCCUCUCAACACAUGCACCAAUUUCAGCCACCACUAGAGUGUCAUCAACAAGCAUGACCACAUCAGCAAGUACAUCAACACCAACAGUCCAGAGUUCCACCACUAGCACAAUCACUUCUUCUCCUGUAACAUCUGCUCCAACUCCUUCAACAAGUUCUUCAACUUCCACAACACCAAAAUCAACCACUUUUAAUCCUUCUCCUGGAUGUGUUUGCAGUUGGUCAGAUUGGUUGGACUUCGGAGGCCCAACAACAGGUCAAAACGGUGGUGAAUCAAUUCCAAUCAAAAAAAUAACUGAUACCUACCCUUCCCUCUGCAAAGUACCAACACAAGUGGAAUGUCGCGCAAGACGUUUUACUGGCCUCUCUCUUUCACAGCUUGGCCAGACAGUGACCUGUGAUACAAAAAAUGGAUUAGUUUGCUUGAAUAAAAACCAAAGCAUCUCACAGCGGUGCUUUGACUAUGAGAUCAGAGUGCUCUGCUGUGAUGGAAACUGUAGCAGCAUCCCAACACAUACACCACUUCCAACCACCACUAGAGUGUCAUCAACAAGCAUGACCACAUCAGCAAGCACAUUUACACCAACAGUCCUGAGUUCUUCUAGAACAAGCAUUUCCAAAAUGUCUUCAAUGAUAACAUCCACUGCAACUCCUACAACAAGUUCUCAAACUUUCACCACACCAAAAUCAACCAAGUUUAGUCCUCCUCCUGGGUGUGUUUGCAGUUGGUCAGAUUGGCUGGACUUUGGUGGCCCAGCAACAGGUCCUAACGGUGGUGAAUUUAUUCCAAUUGAAAAAAUUACAGACACCUAUCCAUCCCUCUGCAAAGUACCAUUACAAAUGGAAUGUCGGGCAAAACUUUUCCCUGGACUCCCUUUAUCACAGCUUGGCCAGACAGUGAAAUGUAAUGCAAAAGAUGGAUUGAUUUGCUUAAAUAGAAACCAAGGCCUCGUACAGCGGUGCUUUGAUUAUGAGAUCAGAGUGCUCUGUUGUGAUGGAAACUGUGGCAGCCUCCCAACACAUGAACCACUUUCAGCCACCACUAAAGUGUCAUCAACAAGCACAUCCACAUCAGCAAGUACAUCAACACCAACAGUCCAGAGUUCCACCACUAGCACAAGCACUUCUUCUCCUGUAACAUCCACUCCAACUCAUUCAACAAGUUCUUCAACUUCCACAACACCAAAAUCAACCACUGUUAAUCCUCCUCCUGGAUGUGUUUGCAGUUGGUCAGAUUGGCUGGACUUCGGAGGCCCAACAACAGGUCAAAACGGUGGUGAAUCAAUUCCAAUAAAAAAAAUAACUGACACCUAUCCUUCCCUCUGCAAAGUACCAACACAAGUGGAAUGUCACGCAAGACGUUUUCCUGGACUCCCUCUUUCAGAGCUUGGCCAGACAGUGAAAUGUGAUACAAAAGAUGGAUUAGUUUGCUUGAAUAGAAACCAAGGCCUUGCACAGCGGUGCUUUGAUUAUGAGAUCAGAGUGCUCUGUUGUGAUGGAAACUGUAGCAGCCUCCCAACACAUGCACCACUUCCAACCACCACUAGGGUGUCAUCAACAAGCAUGACCACAUCAGCAAGCACAUCCACACCAACAGUCCAGAGUUCCUCCACUAGCACAAGCUUUUCUUCUACUGUAAAAUCGACUCCAACUCCUUCAACAAGUUCUUCAACUUCCACAACAACAAUAUCAACCACAUUUAGUCCUCCACCUGGAUGUGUUUGCAGUUGGUCAGAUUGGCUGGACUUUGGUGGCCCAACCACUGGUCCUGAUAGUGGGGCAGUAAUACCAAUUGAAAAAAUAACUGAUACCUACCCUUCCCUCUGCAAAGUACCAGUACAAAUGGAAUGUCGGGCAAAACUUUUCCCUGGACUUCCUUUAUCACAGCUUGGCCAGACAGUGAAAUGUAAUGCAAAAGAUGGAUUGAUUUGCUUAAACAGAAACCAAGGCCUCGUACAGCGGUGCUUUGACUUUGAGAUCAGAGUGCUCUGUUGUGAUGGAAACUGUGGCAGCUUCCCAACACAUGAACCACUUUCAGCCACGACUAAAGUGUCAUCAACAAGCACAUCCACAUCAGCAAGUACAUCAACACCAACAGUCCAAAGUUCCACCACUAGCACAAGCAUUUCUUUCACUGUAACAUCCACUCCAACUCAUUCAACAAGUUCUUCAACUUCCACAACACCAAAAUCAACCACUUUUAAUCCUUCUCCUGGAUGUGUUUGCAGUUGGUCAGAUUGGUUGGACUUCGGAGGCCCAACAACAGGUCAAAACGGUGGUGAAUUAAUUCCAAUUAAAAAAAUAACUGAUACCUAUCCUUCCCUCUGCAAAGUACCAACACAAGUGGAAUGUCGCACAAGACGUUUUCCUGGAUUCCCUCUUUCAGCACUUGGCCAGACAGUGAAAUGUGAUGCAAAAGAUGGAUUAGUUUGCUUGAAUAAAAACCAAGGCCUCUCACAGCGGUGCUUUGAUUAUGAGAUCAGAGUGCUCUGUUGUGAUGGAAACUGUAGCAGCAUCCCAACACAUACACCACUUCCAACCACCACUAGAGUGUCAUCAACAAGCAUGACCACAUCAGCAAGCACAUUUACAACAACAGUCCAGAGUUCUUCUAGUACAAGCAUUUCCAAAACGUCUUCAAUGGUAACAUCCACUACAACUCCUUCAACAAGUUCUCCAACUUCCACCACACCAAAAUCAACCAUGUUUAGUCCUCCUCCUGGGUGUGUUUGCAAUUGGUCAGAUUGGCUGGACUUUGGUGGCCCAACAACAGGUCCUAAUGGUGGUGCAGUAAUAACGAUUGAAAAAAUAACUGAUACCUAUUCUUCCCUAUGCAAAAUACCAAUACAAGUGGAAUGUCGGGCAAAACAUUUCCCAGGACUCCCUCUUUCACAACUUGGCCAGACAGUGAAAUGUGACACAAAAGAUGGAUUAGUUUGCUUGAAUAAAAACCAAGGCCUCACACAGCAGUGCGUUGACUUUGAGAUCAGAGUGCUCUGUUGUGAUGGAAAUUGUGGCAGCCUCUCAACACAUGCACCACUUUCAGCCACCACUAAAGUGUCAUCAACAAGCACAUCCACAUCAGCAAUUACAUCAACACCAACAGUCCAGAGUUCCACCACUAGCACAAGCUUUUCUUCUACUUUAACAUCCACCCCAACUCCUUCAACAAGUUCUCCAACUUCCACAACACCAAAAUCAACCGUGUUUAGUCCUCCUCCUGGAUGUGUUUGCAGUUGGUCAGAUUGGCUGGACUUUGGAGGCCCAACAACAGGUCAUAAUGGUGGUGAAAUAAUACCAAUUAAAAAAAUAACUGAUACCUAUCCAUCCCUCUGCAAAGUACCAAUGCAAGUGAAAUGUCGGGCAAAACGUUUUCCCGGACUCCCUCUUUCAGAGCUUGGCCAGACAGUGAAAUGUAAUCCAAAAGAUGGAUUAGUUUGCUUGAAUAAAGACCAAGGCCUCACACAGCGGUGCUUUGACUAUGAGAUCCGAGUGCUCUGUUGUGAUGGAAACUGUGGCAUCCUCCCAACACAUGCACCACUUCCAACCACCACUAGGGUGUCAUCAACAAGCACAUCCACAUCAGCAAGUACAUCAACACCAACCAUCCAUAGUUCCAGCACUAGCACAAGCAUUUCUUCCACUGUAACAUCCACUCCAACUCCUCCAACAAGUUAUUCAACUUCCACAACACCAAAAUCGACCACUUUUAAUCCUUCUCCUGGAUGUGUUUGCAGUUGGUCAGAUUGGCUGAACUUCGGAGGCCCAACAACAGGUCCUAACGGUGGUGAAUUUAUUCCAAUUGAAAAAAUUACAGACACCUAUCCAUCCCUCUGCAAAGUACCAGUACAAAUGGAAUGUCGGGCAAAACUUUUCCCUGGACUCCCUUUAUCACAGCUUGGCCAGACAGUGAAAUGUAAUGCAAAAGAUGGAUUGAUUUGCUUAAACAGAAACCAAGGCCUCGUACAGCGGUGCUUUGACUAUGAGAUCAGAGUGCUCUGUUGUGAUGGAAACUGUGGCAGCCUCCCAACACAUGAACCACUUUCAGCCACGACUAAAGUGUCAUCAACAAGCACAUCCACAUCAGCAAGUACAUCAACACCAACAGUCCAGAGUUCCACCACUAGCACAAGCACUUCUUCUCCUGUAACAUCCACUCCAACUCAUUCAACAAGUUCUUCAACUUCCACAACACCAAAAUCAACCACUGUUAAUCCUCCUCCUGGAUGUGUUUGCAGUUGGUCAGAUUGGCUGGACUUCGGAGGCCCAACAACAGGUCAAAACGGUGGUGAAUCAAUUCCAAUAAAAAAAAUAACUGACACCUAUCCUUCCCUCUGCAAAGUACCAACACAAGUGGAAUGUCACGCUAGACGUUUUCCUGGACUCCCUCUUUCAGAGCUUGGCCAGACAGUGAAAUGUGAUACAAAAGAUGGAUUAGUUUGCUUGAAUAGAAACCAAGGCCUUGCACAGCGGUGCUUUGAUUAUGAGAUCAGAGUGCUCUGUUGUGAAGGAAACUGUAGCAGCCUCCCAACACAUGCACCACUUCCAACCACCACUAGGGUGUCACCAACAAGCAUGACCACAUCAGCAAGCACAUCCACACCAACAGUCCAGAGUUCCUCCACUAGCACAAGCUUUUCUUCUACUGUAACAUCGACUCCAACACCUUCAACAAGUUCUUCAACUUCCACAACAACAAUAUCAACCACAUUUAGUCCUCCACCUGGAUGUGUUUGCAGUUGGUCAGAUUGGCUGGACUUUGGUGGCCCAGCAACAAGUCAUAAUGGUGGUGAAUUAAUACCAAUUAAAAAAACAACUGAUACCUAUCCAUCCCUCUGCAAAGUACCAAUGCAAGUGAAAUGUCGGGCAAAACUUUUCCCUGGACUUCCUUUAUCACAGCUUGGUCAGACAGUGAAAUGUAAUCCAAAAGAUGGAUUAGUUUGCUUGAAUAAAGACCAAGGCCUCACACAGCGGUGCUUUGACUAUGAGAUCCGAGUGCUCUGUUGUGAUGGAAACUGUGGCAGCCUCCCAACACAUGCACCACUUCCAACCACCACUAGGGUGUCAUCAACAAGCACAUCCACAUCAGCAAGCACAUCAACACCAACAGUCCAAAGUUCCACCACUAGCACAAGCAUUUCUUUCACUGUAACAUCCACUCCAACUCAUUCAACAAGUUCUUCAACUUCCACAACACCAAAAUCAACCACUGUUAAUCCUCCUCCUGGAUGUGUUUGCAGUUGGUCAGAUUGGCUGGACUUCGGAGGCCCAACAACAGGUCAAAACGGUGGUGAAUCAAUUCCAAUUAAAAAAAUAACUGACACCUAUCCUUCCCUCUGCAAAGUACCAACACAAGUGGAAUGUCACGCUAGACGUUUUCCUGGACUCCCUCUUUCAGAGCUUGGCCAGACAGUGAAAUGUGAUACAAAAGAUGGAUUAGUUUGCUUGAAUAGAAACCAAGGCCUUGCACAGCGGUGCUUUGAUUAUGAGAUCAGAGUGCUCUGUUGUGAUGGAAACUGUAGCAGCCUCCCAACACAUGCACCACUUCCAACCACCACUAGGGUGUCAUCAACAAGCAUGACCACAUCAGCAAGCACAUCCACACCAACAGUCCAGAGUUCCUCCACUAGCACAAGCUUUUCUUCUACUGUAAAAUCGACUCCAACACCUUCAACAAGUUCUUCAACUUCCACAACAACAAUAUCAACCACAUUUAGUCCUCCACCUGGAUGUGUUUGCAGUUGGUCAGAUUGGCUGGACUUUGGUGGCCCAACCACUGGUCCUGAUAGUGGGGCAGUAAUACCAAUUGAAAAAAUAACUGAUACCUACCCUUCCCUCUGCAAAGUACCAGUACAAGUGAAAUGUCGGGCAAAACUUUUCCCUGGACUUCCUUUAUCACAGCUUGGCCAGACAGUGAAAUGUAAUGCAAAAGAUGGAUUGAUUUGCUUAAAUAGAAACCAAGGCCUCGUACAGCGGUGCUUUGACUAUGAGAUCAGAGUGCUCUGUUGUGAUGGAAAUUGUGGCAGCCUCCCAACACAUGCACCACUUCCAACCACCACUAGGGUGUCAUCAACAAGCACAUCCACAUCAGCAAGCACAUCCACACCAACAGUCCAAAGUUCCACCACUAGCACAAGCAUUUCUUCUAUUGUAACGUUCACUGCAACUCCUUCAAAAAGUUCUCCAACUCCCACAAUAAAAUCAACCACAUUUAGUCCUCCUCCUGGAUGUGUUUGCAGUUGGUCAGAUUGGCUGGACUUUGGAGGCCCAACAACAGGUCAUAAUGGUGGUGAUCUAAUACCAAUUAAAAAAAUAACUGAUACCUAUCCAUCCCUCUGCAAAGUACCAAUGCAAGUGAAAUGUCGGGCAAAACGUUUUCCCGGACUCCCUCUUUCAGAGCUUGGCCAGACAGUGAAAUGUAAUCCAAAAGAUGGAUUAGUUUGCUUGAAUAAAGACCAAGGCCUCACACAGCGGUGCUUUGACUAUGAGAUCAGAGUGCUCUGUUGUGAUGGAAACUGUGGCAUCCUCCCAACACAUGCACCACUUCCAACCACCACUAGGGUGUCAUCAACAAGCACAUCCACAUCAGCAAGUACAUCAACACCAACCAUCCAUAGUUCCAGCACUAGCACAAACAUUUCUUCCACUGUAACAUCCACUCCAACUCCUCCAACAAGUUAUUCAACUUCCACAACACCAAAAUCGACCACUUUUAAUCCUUCUCCUGGAUGUGUUUGCAGUUGGUCGGAUUGGCUGGACUUCGGAGGCCCAACAACAGGUCAAAACGGUGGUGAAUCAAUUCCAAUUAAAAAAAUAACUGAUACCUACCCUUCCCUCUGCAAAGUACCAACACAAGUGGAAUGUCGCGCAAGACGUUUUACUGGCCUCUCUCUUUCACAGCUUGGCCAGACAGUGACCUGUGAUACAAAAAAUGGAUUAGUUUGCUUGAAUAAAAACCAAAGCAUCUCACAGCGGUGCUUUGACUAUGAGAUCAGAGUGCUCUGCUGUGAUGGAAACUGUAGCAGCAUCCCAACACAUACACCACUUCCAACCACCACUAGAGUGUCAUCAACAAGCAUGACCACAUCAGCAAGCACAUUUACACCAACAGUCCUGAGUUCUUCUAGAACAAGCAUUUCCAAAAUGUCUUCAAUGAUAACAUCCACUGCAACUCCUACAACAAGUUCUCAAACUUUCACCACACCAAAAUCAACCAAGUUUAGUCCUCCUCCUGAAUGUGUUUGCAGUUGGUCAGAUUGGCUGGACUUUGGAGGCCCAACAACAGGUCCUAACGGUGGUGAAUUUAUUCCAAUUGAAAAGAUAACUGACACUUAUCCUUCCCUCUGCAAAGUACCAAUGCAGGUGGAAUGUCGGGCAAAAAGUUUCCCAGGACUCCCUCUUUCAGAGCUUGGCCAAGUGGUGAAAUGUAAUGCAAAAGAUGGAUUAGUUUGCUUAAAUAAAAACCAAGGCCUCACACAGCGGUGCUUUGAUUAUGAGAUCAGAGUCCUCUGUUGUGAUGGAAACUGUGGCAGCCUCCCAACACAUACACCACUUCCAGCAACCACUAUAGUGUCAUCAACAAUCAUGACCAAAUCAGUUAGCACAUCAACACCAACAGUGCAGAGCUCCUCUAAUAGUACAAGCACUUCUACAACUCCCACAACUGCAAAAUCUACUAAAACUUCGUCAACAAGUUCUCCAACUUCCACAACACCAAAAUCAACCACGUUUAGUCCUCCUCCUGGAUGUGUUUGUAGUUGGUCAGAUUGGCUGGACUUUGGAGGCCCAACAACAGGUCCUAACGGUGGUGAAUUUAUUCCAAUUGAAAAAAUUACUGACACCUAUCCAUCCCUAUGCAAAGUACCAGUACAAAUGGAAUGUCGGGCAAAACGUUUUCCAGGACUUCCUCUUUCACAGCUUGGUCAGACAGUGAAAUGUAAUGCAAAAGAUGGAUUAGUUUGCUUGAAUAAAAACCAAGGCCUCGUACAGCGGUGCUUUGACUAUGAGAUCAGAGUGCUCUGUUGUGAUGGAAACUGUAUUAGCCUCCCAACACAUGCACCACUUCCAACCACCACUAGUAUCUCAUCAACAAGCAUGUCAACAUCAGCAAGCACGUCAACACCAACAGUCCAGACUUCCUCCCCUCAUACAAGCAUUUCCAAAACUUCUUCAAUGUUCACGUCCACUGCAACUCCUUCAACAAGUUCUCCAACUUCCACAACAAAAUCAACCACAUUUAGUCCUCCUCCUGGAUGUGUUUGCAGUUGGUCAGAUUGGCUGGACUUUGGAGGCCCAACAACAGGUCCUAACGGUGGUGAAUUUAUUCCAAUUGAAAAAAUUACAGACACCUAUCCAUCCCUCUGCAAAGUACCAGUACAAAUGGAAUGUCGGGCAAAACUUUUCCCUGGACUCCCUUUAUCACAGCUUGGUCAGACAGUGAAAUGUAAUGCAAAAGAUGGAUUGAUUUGCUUAAAUAGAAACCAAGGCCUCUUACAACGGUGCUUUGACUAUGAGAUCAGAGUGCUCUGUUGUGAUGGAAACUGUGGUAGCCACCCAAAUCAUACACCACUUCCAAGCACCACUAGGGUGUCAUCAAGUAGCAUGUCCACAUCAGCAAGCACAUCAACACCAACAGUCCAGACUUCCUCCACUAGUACAAACAUUUCAUCUUCUUCAACAGUAACAUCCACUGCAACAUUUUUUAGUACUCCAACUUCCACGACACCAAAAUCAACCACGUUUAGUCAUCCUGCUGGGUGUGUUUGUAGUUGGUCAGAUUGGCUGGACUUCGGUGCCCCAACAACAGGUCCUAACAGUGGUGAAUUAAUUCCAAUUGAAAAGAUAACUGACACUUAUCCUUCCCUCUGUAAAGUACCAAUGCAAGUGGAAUGUCGGGCAAAACGUUUCCCAGGACUCUCUCUUUCAGAGCUUGGCCAGGUGGUGAAAUGUGAUGCAAAAGAUGGAUUAGUUUGCUUAAAUAAAAACCAAGCCCUCACACAACGGUGCUUUGACUAUGAGAUCAGAGUGUUCUGUUGUGAUGGAAACUGUAGCAGCCUCCCAACACAUGCACCACUUCCAGCAACCACUAUAGUGUCAUCAACAAUCAUGAACACAUCAAUUAGCACAUCAACACCAACAGCGCAGAGCUCCUCUACUAGUACAAGCACUUUUACAACUCCCACAAUUGCAGCAUCUACUAAAACUUCAUCAACAAGUUCUCCAAUUUCCACAAAACCAAAAUCAACCACUUUUAAUCCCCCUCUUGGAUGUGUUUGCAGUUGGUCAGACUGGAUGGACUUUGGAGGCCCAACAACAGGUCCUAAUGGUGGUGAAUUAAUUCCAAUUGAAAAAAUAACUGACACCUAUUCAUCCAUCUGCAAAGUACCAAUGCAAGUGGAAUGUCAUGCAAAACAUUUUCCAGGACUUCCUCUUUUACAGCUUGGCCAGACAGUGAAAUGUAAUACAAAAGAUGGAUUGAUUUGCUUAAAUAAAAACCAAGGCCUCACACAGCGGUGCUUUGACUAUGAGAUCAGAGUGCUCUGUUGUGAUGGAAACUGUAGCAGCCUCCCAACACAUGCACCACUUUCAACCACCACUAGUGUCUCAUCAACAAGCAUGACAACAUCAGCAAGCACGUCAACACCAACAGUCCAGAAUUCCUCCACUAGUACAAGAAGUUCCACAACUUCUUCAAUGGUAACGUUCACUACAACUCCUUCAAAAAGUUCUCCAACUUCCACAACAAAAUCAACAACGUUAAGUCCUCAUCCUGGAUGUGUUUGCAGUUGGUCAGAUUGGCUGGACUUCGGAGGCCCAACAACAGGUCCUAACGGUGGUGAAUUAAUUCCAAUUGAAAAAAUAACUGGCACCUAUCCUUCCAUCUGCAAAGUACCAACACAAGUGGAAUGUCAUGCAAAACAUUUUCCAGGACUUCCUCUUUCACAGCUUGGUCAGACAGUGAAAUGCAAUACAAAAGAUGGAUUAGUUUGCUUGAAUAAAAACCAAGGCCUCACACAGCGGUGCUUUGAUUAUGAGAUCAGAGUGCUCUGUUGUGAUGGAAACUGUGGCAGCAUCCCAACACAUGCACCACUUUCAACCACCACUAGGGUGUCAUCAACAAGAACGUCCACAUCAGCAAGUACAUCAACACCAGCAAUCCAGGCUUCCUCCACUAGUACAAGAAGUUCCCCAAAUUCCACAACACCAAAAACCACAUUUAGUCCUCCCCCUGGAUGUGCUUGCAGUUGGUCAGAUUGGCUGGACUUCGGUGGCCCAACAACAGGUCCUAACGGUGGUGAAUUAAUACCAAUUAAAAAAAUAACUGACAGCUAUCAUUCUCUCUGCAAAUUACCAAUGCAAGUGGAAUGUCGGGCAAAACUUUUCCCUGGACUCCCUUUAUCACAGCUUGGUCAGACAGUGGAAUGUAAUUCCAAAGAUGGACUUGUUUGCUUAAAUAAAAACCAAGGCCUCAUACAGCGGUGCUUUGAUUAUGAGAUUAGAGUUCUCUGUUGUUUUGGAAAAUGUGACAGCCUUCCAACCCACGCACCACUUCCAGCCACUAGUUCAAGCUUUUCUACAACCAUGCUGUCCACUACAACUCCUUUAACAAGUUCUCCAACUUCCACAACACCCAAAACAACUACAUUUAUUCCUCCUCCUGGAUGCGUUUGCAGUUGGUCAGAUUGGCUAGACUUUGAAGGCCCAACAACAGGUCCUAACGGUGGUGAAUUAAUUCCAAUUGAAAAAAUAACUGGCACCUAUCCUUCCAUCUGCAAAGUACCAACACAAGUGGAAUGUCAUGCAAAACAUUUUCCAGGACUUCCUCUUUCACAGCUUGGUCAGACAGUGAAAUGUAAUACAAAAGAUGGAUUAGUUUGCUUGAAUAAAAACCAAGGCCUCACACAGCGGUGCUUUGAUUAUGAGAUCAGAGUGCUCUGUUGUGAUGGAAACUGUGGCAGCCUCCCAACACAUGCACCACUUUCAACCACCACUAGGGUGUCAUCAACAAGAACGUCCACAUCAGCAAGUACAUCAACACCAGCAAUCCAGGCUUCCUCCAGUAGUACAAGAAGUUCCCCAAAUUCCACAACACCAAAAAACACAUUUAGUCCUCACCCUGGAUGUGCUUGCAGUUGGUCAGAUUGGCUGGACUUCGGUGGCCCAACAACAGGUCCUAACGGUGGUGAAUUAAUUCCAAUUGUAAAAAUAACUGGCACCUAUCCUUUCAUCUGCAAAGUACCAGUACAAGUGGAAUGUCAUGCAAAACAUUUUCCAGGACUUCCUCUUUCACAGCUUGGCCAGACAGUGAAAUGUAAUACAAAAGAUGGAUUAGUUUGCUUGAAUAAAAACCAAGGCCUCACACAGCGGUGCUUUGACUAUGAGAUCAGAGUGCUCUGUUGUGAUGGAAACUGUAGUAGCCUCCCAACACAUGCACCACUUCCAGCCACCACUAGGGUGUCAUCAACAAGAACGUCCACAUCAGCAAGUACAUCAACACCAACAGCCCAGGCUUCCUCCACUAGUACAAACAUUUCUACAACUGUAACGUCCACUGCAACUACUUCAAUAAGUUCUUCAACUUCCACAACACCAAAAACAACCACAUUUAGUCCUGGAUGUGCUUGCAGUUGGUCAGAUUGGCUGGACUUUGGAGGCCCAACAACAGGUCCUAACGGUGGUGAAUUAAUACCAAUUAAAAAAAUAACUGACAGCUAUCAUUCUCUUUGUAAAGUACCAAUGCAAGUGGAAUGUCGGGCAAAACUUUAUCCUGGACUUCCUCUUUCACAGCUUGGUCAGACAGUGAAAUGUAAUUCCAAAGAUGGACUUGUUUGCUUAAAUAAAUACCAAGGCCUCAAAAAGCAGUGUUUUGACUAUGAGAUCAGAGUCCUCUGUUGUAGUGGAAACUGUGGCAGCCUCCCAACACAUUCACCACUUCCAGCCACUAGUACAAGUGUUUCUACAACCAUACUGUCCACUACAAAUCAUUUAACAAGUUCUCCAACUUCCACAACACCAAAAACAACCACAUUUAUUCCUCCUCCUGGAUGCAUUUGCAGUUGGUCAGAUUGGCUGGACUUUGGUGGCCCAACAACAGGUCCUGAAGGUGGUGAAGUAAUACCAAUUGAAAAAAUAGCUAACACAUAUCCUUCUCUCUGCAAAGUACCAAUGCAAGUGGAGUGUCGGGGAAAACUUUAUCCUGCACUUCCUCUUUCACAGCUUGGCCAGACAGUAAAAUGUAAUACCAAUGAUGGACUUGUUUGCUUAAAUAAAAACCAAGGCCUCAUACAGCGAUGCUUUGACUAUGAGAUCAAAGUGCUCUGUUGUGUUGGAAACUGUGACAGCCUCCCAACCCACGCACCACUUCCAGUCACCACUAGGGUGUCAUCAACAAGAACGUCCACAUCAGCAAACACAUCCACACCAACAGUCCAGAGUUCUUCUCCAAGUUCCUCAAAAUCAACAACAUAUAGCUCUCCCCCUGGAUGUGUUUGUAGUUGGUCAGAUUGGCUGGACUUCGGAGGCCCAACAACAGGUCCUGAAGGUGGUGAAGUAAUACCAAUUGAAAAAAUAGCUUACACAUAUCCUUCUCUCUGCAAAGUACCAAUGCAAGUGGAAUGUCGGGGAAAACUUUAUCCUGGACUUCCUCUUUCACAGCUUGGCCAGACAGUAAAAUGUAAUGCAAAAGAUGGACUUGUUUGCUUAAAUAAAAACCAAGGCCUCACACAGCGGUGUUUUGACUAUGAGAUCAGAGUUCUCUGUUGUAAUGGAAACUGUGGCAUCCGCCCAACAUAUGCACCGUCAUCAACAAGCAUGUCCACACCAACAGUCCAGAGUUUCUCCAGUUCUACAACUCCCACAAUUGCAACAUCUACUACAACUCCUUCAACAAGUUCUCUAAUUUUCACAAAACCAGAAUCAACCACAUACAGUCCUUCUGCUGGGUGUGCUUGCAGUUGGUCAGAUUGGCUGGACUUCGGGGCCCCAACAACAGGUCCUGAUGGUGGUGAACUAAUACUUAUUAAAGGAAUAUUUGACAUCUAUCCUUCCUUCUGCAAAGUACCAGUGCAAGUGGAAUGUCGUGCGAAAAUGUAUCCUACACUGCUUCUUUCACAACUUGGACAAGUGGUGAAGUGUAAUGCAAAUGAUGGACUGAUUUGUCUGAACAAAGACCAAGAUAUGACACAGCAAUGCUUUGACUAUGAGAUCAGAGUGUCAUGCUGUAACGGAAAUUGUUACAGCUCAACACAGGCACCAAUUACCACUCCUGAUUUGGCACCUUCAGCAACUCCACAUUCAAGCACACUUACUCCUGAAUGCAUUUGUAAUUGGUCAGAAUGGUUUGAUUUUGGAAGCCCAACAACAGGAUCUGAGGGUGGGGAAAUGAUACCCAUUAACGAAAUUAUAAAUGUAUAUCCUAAUACUUCUGCUCCAAUUGAAAUUAAAUGCCGUGCAAAACUUUACCCUGAACUCAAACUAUCACAACUGGGCCAGGUGGUGACAUGUAAUACUAAGGAUGGACUUGUUUGCUUAAACAAGAACCAGGGUGUUACACAGCAAUGUUUUGAUUAUGAGAUUAAAUUGCUUUGUUGUCAAGGAUUGUGUGAAGUGACACCAUCUACAUCGCAAAGUUCAUAUUUUUCCUCUAGUACAAUUUCAACCACAACUUUUCCAGUUCUAUCAGAAUCAACAAAGAGGCCAAGCACAGAACAUCAAGAUUGUUUCUGUGAAAUAAAUGGUGAUACAUUUGCUGAAGGAUAUGUAAUUUAUAAUAUAACUGAUGGUGACGGAUGGUGCUAUAUAGCAAAAUGCGCCAAAACAGAAGAGAUGAAAUGUGAUGUAAUAAAAUUAUCAGUACCCUGUUUAACAACAGUCUCACCCUCAACAUCCACACCAUUUACAGGCAACUGUUAUAAUCAUGUUCCUCCUCUUGCAAAUGGCGAAUCUGUAAAUUGGGGAAAUUGUCAUAUUGACACUUGCAUGAACAGUACAAUCAAACAUUCAGCGGUGGAGUGUGAACCUGUUGAGUAUCCAGUGUGUAUGAAUGGAUAUCCACCACUGAAAAUACCUGAUGAAUCUGGAUGCUGUUACAAAUAUCAGUGUCAAUGUAUCUGCAGUGGCUUUGGAGAUCCACAUUACAUAACAUUUGAUGGAACAUAUUACCCUUUUCAAGGAAACUGCUCUUACGUUCUUGUCAAAGAAAUCAAUUUGAAGUACAAUUUUAGUGUUAUUAUUGACAAUGUCUUCUGUGACUCUGAAGAUGGGCUUUCCUGCCCUAAAUCCCUGACGGUUUACUACAAAUCUUUUGAGAUCUUUAUGGCUCAGGAGAUUUCUGCAGGAGUUGUUACAAAUUUGAUUUAUGUGAACCAAAAGAAAGUCAGUCUGCCAUUUCAGAGUGAAGAGUUUCGUGUCACAGAGAAUGGAAUCGAGUCUCUUGUGGUCAUACCUGAAAUCAGUGCGCAGAUCUAUUUUACCGGCAUGAUGUUUUCCAUUCACCUUCCAUAUCGAGACUUUUAUGGAAACACAGAGGGACAUUGUGGUACAUGUGACAAUAACCAAUCAGAUGACUGUCGCUUGCCUAAUGGCACCAUUGCGUCAUCUUGCCAAGAUAUGGCUUCACAUUGGCAGGUUAAAAACCGCAACAGUGUUUGUCCUCCACCAAAGCCUGAGCCCACACCGAUACCCUGUCCACCUCCAGCCAUCUGUAAAAUCAUUGAGAGCGAGCUCUUUGAGAAAUGUCGCAAGUUGGUCCCUCACGAGCCGUAUGUGAAAGCAUGCAACCUUGAUGUUUGUCAUAUGAGUGAGACCAUCGGCUGUUCCAGCCUGCAGGCGUAUGCAGAUGAAUGUGCUAUGGCAGGAAUCUGUGUGGACUGGAGAUCGGCUACAGACGGAGCGUGUGAUUUGAAAUGCAAAGAGCCACAGGUAUAUAAAGCAUGUGGACCUCAGGUGGAACCAACGUGUGACGAGAGAUUUAACCUCAAAUACAUACAUCAGAAUGAUGCCUUUCGGGCUUUGGAAUCCAUGAUAUGGGAAGGUUGUCAUUGCCCGAAUGGUACCACACUUUUGAGUCCUAAUUCCAAUAUCUGUGUUCCCACCUGUGAGAUUUGUAUGUUACCAAAUGGAGGAUGGAAGAAGGCUAAUGACACAUGGAUGAUGGGAUGUGAGAUGUGCAGAUGUGAGGAAGAAUCCCUGACCGUACACUGUGAAGCUCUUUCAUGUCCUACACAACAUCCAGAUAUCUGUCAUGAGAUUGGUCAGGUUAAGGUUACAGAAACCGUGGACUGCUGUGAGAUAAACAAAUGUGUGUGUGAUGUUGGUCUUUGUCCCAGUAAGAUCUUCACUUGUCCUGUUGGAUUCAGUGUGGAGAUAACAAUGGGAGUCUGCUGUCCGAUCUAUCACUGCUUGCCAAAACCUGUUUGUGUGUUCAAUCAUACUGAAUAUAAGCCUGGAGCACUUGUGCCUGUCAGUCAGUGUGAGAAUUGUCUAUGUAGUGAUAAUGUGGAUCCUGAGACUCGACUACAUUCAAUUAAAUGUCAAGCAGCUCAGUGUGACACAUAUUGUCAAGUGGGAUUCGAGUAUCAGCCGGUUUCUGGUCAAUGUUGUGGACAGUGUGUGCAGACCAGCUGUGUUACUGUGUAUGCAGGAAACAUCACACAAACCAUAGAACCUGGUAAGGUUUGGUCUCCACCUGGUGACAAGUGUGUGAAAUUUGAAUGUGUGAAGAUUGAAACGCAGUUUAUUACAAUGGAGGCAAAGACUGUUUGUCCAUACUUCAAUCCAGAUGAAUGUGUACCUGGAACAGAGUUCAUUGCUCCUGAUGGAUGUUGUCAUUCAUGUGUAACCGUACAAAGCAAUUGCAAUGUCAGUAAGAUGUCAACGUAUCUGGAGAGCGACGGUUGCAAGACCGCAAUGCCGGUGGAGAUGGGCACAUGUGACGGCUCCUGUAACACAUACUCUAUGUACUCCAUGAAAGACAAAGCCGUACAACAUUCAUGUUCUUGUUGUCGAGAAAUGGCGACAUCAGAGAAGAAAGCAGAUCUUGUGUGUCCAGACGGAUCCACGAUCACACAAACGUAUAUCUACAUAGAGAAAUGUGGCUGUGUGGAGACCGACUGUGCUGUUCAGCAGAAGUCAAUGAUAAAACAACGACGCAAACGUGGAUGAUGUAGAGCUCAUAAUACUAAAAUCACUCUGUUACACUCUGUAUUUAUGACUUAACUUCAUUAUAUAUCUCUUCAUCUCUGUUAUUAUUUCCUUUCACAACUCAAUAAACUCAAUAAAUAAUUGCACAGUGAUCUUAGUCUUGUGAAUGUGGAGAAAGUGUCUAUUUAAA